CUGUGGCAACUGUCCUUUUCUUGUCUCAAUCAUGUUUACCGAAGUUUGUAAUGGUUUGACAGACAACUUAAUCACAUCAAACAAUGAAUGGUGAAGAACAUCAUGGAUUUUGAACUUAUGAAGUAUGCAUUCAAGAGCAUUGGUUGUCUUCUGACAUAUUUCUUUUUCUCCAUAUCACUUACAUUUUAUCAGAAAUCUCUUCUGCAGGAGCUGCGCUUUCCGCUCUCGAUCGUACUCGCCCACCUGACCGUCAAGUUUCUCCUGGCGGCCACCGUGCGCAACUAUCUCGAGUGUACCUACAACACGCAGCGCACCACGCUCUCAUGGCGACAGUUCUGGCGCAAGGUGUCGGCGCCGGGCGUGCUGAGCGCGCUGGAUAUUGGCCUCUCGCAGUGGAGCUUUGAGUUCAUCACUGUGACGCUCUACACCAUGACGAAGUCCACGUCCGUCAUCUUUAUUUACGUGUGCGCCCUCUUCCUACGCAUCGAGCAGCUGCAAUGGUCUAUGGCGCUGGUAGUGACGCUCAUCUCGGGAGGCCUGGUGAUCUUCACGUACGAGUCGACCACAUUUCACCUGCUGGGCUUCCUGAUGGCGCUGGCUGCCGCGCUGAGCAGUGGGCUGCGGUGGACGCUGUCACAGAUUCUGAUGCAAAAGAAGGAGCUGGGCCUCUCCAACCCCAUCGACAUGAUCUACCACAUUCAGCCGUGGAUGAUCGUCAGUUUGAUGCCGUUUGCCGUCUUCUUUGAAGGUGCGGCCGUGGCCACGUCGCGCGACCUGUUUCUCUACUCGGAGCCGCACCAGCUGGCCGACUCGGCCGGCCGCGUGCUGCUCGGCUGCGUGCUGGCCUUCAUGAUGGACCUCUCCGAGUUCCUGGCGCUGCGCGUCACCUCCAGCGUCACGCUCUGCGUGGCCAGCGUGUUCAAGGAGGUGUGUACCCUGCUGCUGGCCAUCCUGGUGAACGGCGACGAGCUGAGCGGCCUGAAGGCGGUCGGCCUGGUCACGUGCGUGGGCGGGAUCGCGCUGCACGCCGGCAUCAAGGCGCGCCACCUGGCCACCGCCCGGCCGGCCGACGUUCGGCCGCGCCACCUUGGCACCGAGCUGCCGCUGCUCGGCGAACACGACGACGACGACGACGACGAGGACGUGCUCUUCGAGAACCGAUAGCGACGCGAAGCGCCGGCGGGUC